UUUUGACCUGUGUAAUUAAUAAAUUCAAAGAGACCCUGUCGGUUUGGUUUCAUUUCUUGAUCUGUUUGAUAAACUCACUGCAAAAACUAUGGAUAUUCGAGACUCGAUCAGCAAACAAACCGAUGUAGCUUUGUCCCUCACGAAGCACGUCUCCUCAACUGUAGCCAAAGACUCGAACCUAGUCUUCUCACCGUCAUCCAUCCACGUGGUGCUCAGCCUGAUCGCAGCUGGAUGCAAGGGUCCCACUCUGGACCAACUACUCUCAUUCCUUAAGUCCAAAUCUAACGAUCAACUUAGCACUUUCUCUUCCGAACUGGUCGCCCUUGUUUUCGCCGAUGGGAGUUCUUCUGGAGGGCCUCGCUUGUCCUUCGCUAACGGUGUUUGGAUCGAUAAGUCACUCUCUUUCAAGGAUUCUUUCAAACAGGUUGUGGAUAAUGUCUACAAGGCUGCCUCAAAUCAAGUUGAUUUUCAAACCAAGGCGGCUGAAGUAACUGGAGAAGUAAAUUUGUGGGCUGAAAAGGAGACCAACGGCCUUAUUAAAGAGGUACUUCCUUCUGACUCUGUUGACAGUACGAGCAGGCUCAUCUUUGCAAAUGCACUGUACUUCAAAGGAGCUUGGAAUGAAAAAUUUGAUUCAUCAAAAACAAAGGACUAUGACUUUCACCUUCUAAAUGGAGACUCUGUUCAUGUGCCCUUCAUGACUAGCAAGAAGAAGCAGGUUGUCAAGGCCUUUGACGGUUUCAAAGUUCUAGGGCUUCCUUAUAAACAAGGUGAGGAUAAGCGUUGUUUCUCCAUGUACUUCUUUCUUCCAGAUGCAAAAGAUGGGCUACCAGCUUUGGUAGAGAAGUUGGCCUCUGAUUCUGGGUUCUUAGACUGCCACCUUCCACAUCAAAAAGUAGAAGUAGGUGAUUUCAGAAUUCCGAGGUUUAAGAUUUCCUUUGGGUUUGAAGCUUCCAAAGUUCUUAAGGGAUUAGGACUUGUGUUACCUUUCUCUGGUGAUGGAGGUUUGACAGAGAUGGUGGAUUCCGCUGUCGGUCAGAACCUGUAUGUUUCAAGCAUAUUCCAGAAGGCCUUCAUAGAAGUUAAUGAAGAAGGGACAGAAGCUGCAGCUGCUUCUGCUGCUGUAGUAAAACUCAGGUCACCGCCUGUUUUUAACAAGAUAGAUUUUGUGGCUGACCACCCAUUCUUGUUUGUGAUCAGAGAAGACAUGACUGGAAUGGUGAUGUUCACUGGCCAUAUUCUCAAUCCUUUGGCAGGUUGAUUAGUGCUGGAAAUGUGCAAGUAGAUUAUGCUUAACAGUCUUAAAACAUAAAUAAUUACUCAAAAUAGAUAUGUUGCAGUGUGCCAAUUUCAGAAAGCUCUGAAUUGGAUUAAGUUGUGUGUUAGUUCUGGUUAUGUUUGUCGUGCUUGUUUACUCUUUAAUGCCACUAAGUUUAGGAAAAAAAAA